AUGGUAAAUAAGUAAAUAAAUAAAGUUAUUGCAUUUUACAGAAUAAUAUGCUGAUAUUUUUUUGACCACAAGAGGACCACAAAGAGUCAACUGGUUUAAUUGAAGGAAAUCUGAAGAAACGUUGCCAGUAGGACUUUAAUAUAGUCCCUAAACCCCACCAAGACUCCUCCGCCCCCCUCGCAUUAGUAAGAAUCUUAUUUUAGUAUAAAUCAUGUUAAGUUUAGUCAUUCAUUUGUGUUAUGAUUGUUAUUCAGUUAUUUUAAGUUUUUAUAUGUUUCUUUUACUGUUUUAUUUUAUAAAUGUAUAGUAUAUUAGACAUAGAAUUUGAAUUAAAAAUGAUUUAACAUUAUAACAUAAAAACAUCAAUAUAGUAGGCAUACACAUUUGAGCAUUAAUUCUAUGAUAAUCUAAUGUCAUUUUAAGGUCAACCCUAAACUCUUUGUCCCUCUUUAUAAUCAUUUGUUAUGUAUUCAGGAAGUCGUUCACACAUGGUUGGUCCAAUACACCACAUGCAGCCCAUGCUGCUUCUCUCUCUCUCUCUCUCUCUCACACACACACACACACACACACAAAGAAAACAAACCUGUUUGUCUGCCUGUUAGCUACCCGGAAACCGAUCAAAGAGAGAGAGGGAGAAAGAGAGGUGAAUGUGUGCAGCUGAGUUCCUGUCCGUAACCAGCAUGAGCGUGAGUGCCUCUGCAAAAUUUAGGACACAGAGAUAUAAUCAGACAAACUGAGACAAACCAUACGGAUGAGAGAUAACAGCAGAGCAAGAGCACUGAAUGUCUGUAUGGGUGGAGUGAGCUUGAGGCCGGUAGAUCUGGAAGUAAAGCUUUGGGAUUUUGAACUAUUUUUGGUGUCAUGGUUUUGGGUUUGUCUUUACUUGUUAGCAACACCUUUGUAAUGGAGACAUGGCAAAAAGACACAUGACUAGAACUUUGCAGCUUUUUUCUUUUUUCGCUCAAGCCAACCUGCAUAGUUUUUUGUCAGGUGUUGCACAUGUGCUGUUUGGGUAAGUCAGCUUUUCUUGUUCUGCUCGUGAAGAAUGUAUCAUGUGAAACAAAUGUGGCUGUGAUGACAAACGUCUCUCAUCACUUCUCCGCACUUCAUCUGACCUGUGGAUAUCUGACAUGGACAACACAAGGUUUUUAAACUGGAUUAUUAAACAAAGUUUUGCAGUGCUUAUCAUCAGGCGUUACAUGAAUAAAAGAGGAUAUCUGCAUCAGCUACACUUUAUUUGUGUGAAGGAAGUAGUUGUUUUCAACACUAUUUUCGAUGACUGUUGAUUCAGACACAUGUCAGAAUCUCAACUAGCACACCACGUGUGACACAUUGGAGAUAUCUCAUCUAUCAUGGCAACAGCUAGACGUUCGAGUCAAGCUCCUGACACUUCUCAGUCCGUGUCCCAGUCCCCCACCAGCACGGACCGUAAACAUCUUGAUAAAGUUCUCAGGAGACUGGACAAACUGCAUAAACUGAGCACAGACCCCAGGUUGGGUCUUAAAAACAGCCCGCCGUACCUUCCUGAACUAGUAUCGGAGACCGCCAUCCAUCUGACAGAAGUAUGGGCUCCCUACAGGGGCUCCAUGAUGGCCACGCCACGAGGGGACGAGGGCGAUUAUCUGAGGAUCCAUGUUCGGCACCUGCUGGACAAAGCAGAUAAAGCCGUCCUGCUCUUCAAGGAUGGCAAGGAGAAGAUGUUUGAGGAGACAUCAAGCUGCAGGAGAAACCUUACUAAGUUGUCCCUGCUAUUCAGCCACAUGUUGAAUGAACUACAAAAUUUGUUUCCUGAGGGACGAUUUCAGGGUGAUACUUAUAGAAUUACAAAGACAGAGGCCAAAGACUUCUGGAGGAAAGUCUUUGGACACAAAUGUAUAGUACAGUGGAACAUUUUUAAACAGCAGCUGAGAAGGGUUCAUUACUUUGAAGAGGGAAUGGAGGCCAUGGCUUUAAAGUCCACUGUUGAUCUCACUUGUAAUGAUCACAUAUCCAUCUUUGAGUUUGAUAUUUUCACCAGGCUUUUUCAGCCCUGGUCAACUUUGUUAAGAAACUGGAACCAUUUAGCAGUAACUCACCCAGGAUACAUGGCGUUUCUUACCUACGACCAGGUCAGGAUUCGACUAGAGCACUACAGACAUCGUCCUGGCAGCUACAUCUUUCGUCUCAGUUGCACACAAAUGGGUCAGUGGGCGAUUGGUCAUGUGACCAGUGAUGGGAACAUUGUGCAAACCAUUCCCCAAAAUACACCUCUUUACCAAGCACUCAUACAAGGCUUCAGGGAGGGCUGCUAUCUAUACCCUGAUGGGCGUGAUGUGAACCCUGACCUCAGCAGCCUGUGCAGUCCGACUCACAAGGGUCGAGUCAAGGUCACAGAGGAGCAGUAUGAAUUAUACUGUGAGAUUGGCAGCACAUUUCAGCUCUGCAAAAUCUGCACAGAACGAGACAAGGACACUCGCAUUCAGCCCUGCGGGCAUCUGCUGUGUCAGCCCUGCUUGACUGGCUGGCAGAAGUCAGACGGGCACACGUGCCCCUACUGCCGCUGUGACAUCAGAGGCACAGAGUCCAUCCUCAUUGAGCCCUACCUGCCAGCAAGAGACAGGAGGGCAGGGGGGGAGGAGGAAGAGGAGGAAGAUGAAGAUGAGGAGGAGGACCAUGAGGAUGUUGAGCUGGUGAUGAAAAAACUGGCUUGUAUGAAAAAGUUAUCACAGGAGGAGUAUCAAGUUCCUCGAUCCAGUCUGUCACCUCCUCCCCUUCCUCCCAAAAGACAUUCACUUUCCCCAUGUCCAUCUCCCCAACCUCCCUCCAGAUCCUUGAGCACAGGCACACAGAAAGUAAAACACAGUUCAUGGUCAGAAAACAUGCUAAGACAAACUUCUUCAGAUAGAAAUGAGGAACUUUUGGAAGACUUCCAUCCCUCCUCUCUGCCAUAUGUCAAAAACAGUGGGGUGACCUGGGAAGAGCCUUCAGUAAGUGAAAAAAGGAAGAGGAAAGAGAAAAGAAGGGGCAAGGAAAAAGACAGAGGUGUUGUGGAUCCAACGUUUCCCUUAGGAAGUCACAUUCCACAUGGGGAGAUAGAUGGAAACACUUCAUCCUGACGGGAUCCUUCAUCCUCAGGCCUCAGACUGUAAAGUAUAUUGGCAAGAUAAAGCAGUCAUCUGUCGUACUGGACAACCAAAAUGAUUCAAAGAACACAGUCGUCGUCAGAUUCAGAACAUGCAUGUAGGAAUGUUAGCUCCAUUGACCUUUGCAUUGACAGCAGAGAACAAGCAUCUUACUGCUCACAUGUUUGUAAUACGUUUUAAAUUCUACCUCAUGCCUACAAAAUUUUUAGAAAACAAGCACUGCUUUGACAGACCACAAUGAAUAAAAAAUGUACAGAUAAAACAAA